UUAGAAGAAGCGCUUGCAGAGUGUGAUACUUUUGUAUCUGAAGAUGCUAUUCCAUGGUCUAAAAUAGCAGAAAAGCAUGGUAUUGUGCGGUCAACGUUGACGCGCACGUGGAGGGGUGAGACGCGUCCGCACAAAGAGAAGGUUCUUGCACAACAAAAGCUCACCCUACAACAAGAGGAGGAGCUUGUACGAUAUAUAUAAGAGCUUACUGCUUGUCAUAUACCUCCUACAAGAGAGAUUAUUGCCAAUUUCGCGUCAGCAGUCGCCCAGGAGCCAGUGAGCGAGAGCUAGGUUACCCGCUUCAUCAACAAGUACUCUAUCCAUCUUAUCUCUCAAUACUUAACGUACUCUAUCACCGAGCCGGUCAUAUCACCGAACCGGUCAAAAUCUCUUGGCGCACCCAACUUAUGUUGCGGC